CCCCCAAGAAGCGGGUCUGCGCCGGGUGGGCCAUGGGCCCAGAGGGGCCCCACCCGCGGCACUGGGGCACCGAGCAGGUCUGCGACUUCCUCUGCCGCAACGGCUUUAGCGAGCCCGGCCUGCUGCGCUGCUUCCGAGGAUCUACUUUUACUACAAGAAAUAUGUUGCAAUAAAACAGCCAAUAUACGAUGGCUAAUCUGAGGGGCAAUUGAGGAAAGUUGAUAGUUAAUUACAUAUUUAUGCAAAGCAAAACCAGAUAAAAUCAAAUCACCGGGGCAGUGCUGCCUUACCUCACUAAAUCUGAACUUAAAGACCUAGGAGUUGGUUUUGUCUAUGCCUUAAACAAAAACGAUGGCGGUGGUAUAAAGGAUCUGUUGGUGCUGAUCUUCACUGAAACUAACCAAGGUUUAAUACUACAUCUUGGGGAAGAAAAGUCAUCAGACCCUUGGACUUGAGAUUGAAAUUGAUUGUUUGCCUGCAAAAACUAGAUCAAAAUCAUGCUGAUAUAAUGAAGGUUUUUAAUGAUCCUAUUCACGGCCAUAUUGAAAUACAUCCUCUCCUCGUUCGAAUCAUUGACACUCCUCAGUUUCAACGCCUGCGAUAUAUAAAACAGCUGGGAGGCACUUACUAUGUUUUCCCAGGAGCAUCGCACAACCGCUUUGAACACUCCUUGGGGGUAGGCUAUCUGGCAGGAUGUCUGGUCCGGGCAUUACACGAAAGACAGCCAGAGUUGGAAAUAAACCAGCGAGAUAUUCUCUGUGUUCAGAUUGCUGGACUUUGUCACGAUUUGGGUCAUGGACCAUUUUCACACAUGUUUGAUGGAAGAUUUAUUCCACUUGCUCGCCCAGGUCUGAAAUGGAAGCAUGAAACUGCUUCUGUUCAGAUGUUUGAACACCUGAUUACUUCCAAUGGACUAGAAAAAGUCAUGGAAGAUUAUGGUUUUGUCCUGAAAGAAGAUAUGGACUUCAUCAAAGAACAAAUAGGAGGACCCCUAGAUAAAACCCCAUGUCGGGGUUUGUGGCCAUACCGUGGUCGACCAGAAGAGAAAAGCUUCCUUUAUGAGAUAGUGGCUAACAAAAGAAAUGGCAUUGAUGUUGACAAAUGGGAUUACUUUGCCAGGGAUUGCCAUCACUUAGGAAUCCAGAAUAAUUUUGAUUAUAAGCGCUUCCUUAAAUUCGCUCGGGUCUGUGAAGUGAAAAACAAGAAGCAUAUCUGUACCCGUGACAAGGAGGUUGGAAAUCUGUAUGACAUGUUCCAUACACGGAAUUGUUUGCACCGCAGAGCUUACCAGCACAAGGUUGGCAACAUCAUUGAAACAAUGAUUACAGAUGCCUUCCUAAAAGCAGAUCCCUAUAUUAAAAUAGAGGGCACUGGUGGAAAACACUACAAGAUUUCUACAGCAAUGGAGGAUAUGGAAGCUUACACUAAGCUAACAGAUAACAUCUUUCUGGAGAUUCUGUACUCUAGUAAUAAAGAGCUGGCUGAGGCACGAGAAAUUUUGCAUAAAAUAGAGCUUCGCGAUCUAUAUAAGUAUUUGGGAGAGACUCGUACUGAAUCAGGAAAAGAAAUUACAGAGGAUCAGUAUGACAUGCUGCCAGCUCACAUUGUUGCUUCCAGACCAAAGAAUGCACCUCAGGAUGUUGAAUUGAAUGCUGAAGACUUUAUAGUUGACGUUAUCAAUAUGGACUAUGGAAUGAAAGAACAGAACCCUAUCGAUAAAGUUCGUUUCUAUUGCAAGUCUGACCCGAGCCAGGCAGUCAAGAUUUCGAAAGAACAGGUUUCCAGGCUUCUGCCAGAGACAUUUGCAGAGCAGCUGAUCCGGGUUUAUUGCAAGAAAAAGGAUGAGAAGAGUUUAGAUGCUGCAACAAAGUGUUUUAUUCAGUGGUGUAUGAACAUGGAUUUUACAAAACCACAGGAUGGUGAUGUGGUCGCCCCUGAACUAACUCCAAUGAAAGCAAGCUGGAAUGACCCUGAUGAGGAUGAACUGCAAAGUCCAAAUGAUUGCAGGGAAGCUUCAAAAUCCAGAACUAGACUCUUUCAAUAACCGAUUUGUUAAAUGGAGUUUAUUUGCCAUAUUUAAAGUCUUUCCAGUAACAGUUUUGCGCUGUCCCUUCUAUCCCUUUAAAAGAUACUUGAAAGGGAACAGCACAUUGUAUAAAACCUACUUGAAGAGCUUUACAGAACAAGUUUACAAGAAUGCAUUUUUUUAGGUUGCUGUAUGUUUCCUGUAUGUAACAUAGUGAUUUAAAAGCCCUGCGAGCAUUGACAUUCAAAGGGGAAUUUUAUAUGUGAUCAGUGAUUACUUGCAGCAGAGCAAACACUGUGUUUGACUUGAAUGUAUGGGGGCUGUGUAGCAAGAGUUCCUUUAAAAAUGAAGGCUUUUGAAAUACCCCAAACUUCCAUAAAAUUCCCAAAGGAAAUCAAUAUUUUGCCGUUGUUGUAGUGUAGCUAGCAUUGCACUUCAGCACAAUUUUGACUUUUUCCUAAAAUCAGAGAAGUGUGAGCAGCAAGUGCCCAGCUCCCUUUACUGGGACAAAUGACAUAGAUAAAAGAGUACAGAUCUUUCCCAUUUUUUUUUCCUGUGUCCCCUAUUUCAGAUCCCUUUCUUUUAAGAUAAUCAUGAUGUCACAUGUUCUGACAGAGCAAAGCCUAUAGCUCAGAUUUCUUAAGCCUUACUGAAGUGAAAAGUGUGUCAGUGAGGGGUGGUCUUUUUUUUUUUUAACACUGUUUUUUAGAUUGUGUUUUUGUGGCUUUACAAUCAGUUUUUCCUGCCAUUUAAAUGUUCUUUCCCCUGGUUCUUUUCAUACAGCACAAAUGGGGUGGGAACCAGAUUUGACUACUGACAAAUGGCCUUCCAAUACAAAGGGCAAACAAACUAGGCAGAUUUUUCCUCCAAACAAAUUAAGUAAAAAAAAUCUUCAUACAGAAAUGGGAUUUUUAAGUUGCUUGUGUCCUUUUUUUAAAGUAGUACCUGAAACAUGAAGAAAACAAACAUGACCUCUUUUUCUGAAUCUUUGACUUUAGAAGUCAGAUGUUAGUCACUAGUGGGUCUGAAUACAAAAUCAGUGCCAUAAGAAGUCUUCAUUGAGAGUCCAGUUUUGUUACCUGAGAUUAAUUAAACUGUCCCUUCUAGAGAUGGCAUCUGAUAAUCACCAGAUGGAGGCAAGGGAAUUGAUCAUGCCAUAAUUCUUCUGGUCUGCUGUUCUCUUAAUAUGCACAAGCCCAUGUAUUCACCAGAGGGGAGUGUUGUAUAACCCCCCUUUUCAGUGCAGUACCAGUGAUUCAGAUCUACAGGUGUAUGAAAUGGCUGUUGUCAGAAAUCUUCACUGACUUGGGAAGCAUAUCUCUAACAGUUCUGGAAUAAGCCUUUUGUACUUGACUUCAUCAAACUGAAAGAGUGAAACAAUUGUGUUAAAAUCCUGUGAUUCAAGGCAACUUGAAACAUUACAUACAGAAUAAUGUAUUCAUUUCACAGCUGUCACUUCAACGUAUUUGCUUAUUUGAAACUAUUUUAAAAGGUGUUCUGUAGAAAAUCUUUUGCUUGAGAGAACCGUGCUCUUUGCUUUUGAAAGGUGAAACUUUAUCUGUGAACUGGAUCUAACAGUUCAAAUUGACUGAGCCUGAGUUGACUGAAAAAGAAUGUAUACAAAUAUUUUAAUACAACUUUUUAAUGGAA